CAUCGAUCACAUAUGUUGACAUUUGGUCUGCAGUGCAGACAAAAUUAGGUUAAAUUGAUAUUGCAAAAUAUUUUGAGCUUUUUAUCAUAAACAAAAAUGAAGGAAGCAAUAAAUUCGGCUGGCGAUAAAAAUUCGACAUUAGUGAGACGCGUUAAUAAGUUGCUAGAAUCACGUCUUGAGAAUGAUAAGGACACGUUAGAAGCUUUAAAAGAAUUGUCUACAUUUUUUACGGAUAAUUCACUAAAUGCACGCAGAAAUUUGCGUAGUAAGAUAGAGCGAAGGAAUUUGACGAUAAAUGAAGACUUUCUCUCUGCUUUUAGAGAAGUUAAAACUACUUUAGAUUGUAUCCACCAAGAUGUAAUGGCUAUGAAUACGUCUGUACAACGCAUGACUAAUCAAUUGCAAUCAACUAAAACACAAACAUUGCAGCUUAUUGAUCAGACCACGAAACUACAAAGCGUCAGUAAGAAAUUGUCAAUGCAACAGGAAGUUGCAAAUGCUUUUAUAAAAAGCUUUCAGUUAACACCUGCUGAAUUAUCUAUUUUACAUGGUGCCUCUCGUGAAGCACCAAUUACAGAUGAAUUCUUUGUAGUUGUUGAUCGUGUCCAGGAAAUCCAUAGUAGCUGCAGAAUUCUCAUGCAAUCUGGUUAUCAAACAUUAGCGUUGGAUAUUAUGCAAAGAAUGACCCUCCUCCAGGAAGCUGCCCUUGAAAGAUUAUACCGUUGGACACAAAACCAAUGUCGUCAUAUUGAAAAUGAGAACAUAGCACCUUUACUCAUUAAAUCUAUGACCAAGUUACAGGAUAGACCUGUUCUUUUCAAGUACAUUUUAGAUGAAUAUUGUACUGUCAGACGAUCUGUAUUAGUAAGUUCGUUCAUAGAUGCGUUAACGUUAGGGGAUGGUUUUGGUGGUACACCAAAUCCUAUAGAAAUGCAUGCACACGACCCAAAACGUUACGUGGGUGAUAUGCUCGCUUGGCUUCAUCAAGCUAUUCCUAUAGAAAAAGAGAACAUUCUAACAAUGAUUAAAGGAUGCGAUAAAGCAGGUAUAAACGAUCAAGUAAAACAAGCACUUGGUAAUAUCACAGAAGGUCUCUGUCAUCCCUUAAAAUCUAGAAUUGAACAUAUCCUAGCAGUAGAAGCACCUGCAACCGUAUUAUACUCUAUGACGACACUCAUUCGGUUUUAUCAAGCUAUAAUCAGCCAGGUCGUACCAGACAGUGUCCUGGAUACGACUUUAGGCGAUUUGCUAGAUUUAAGUGAAAAAAGCUUUGUUACAAGACUCCAAAGAGAAACUAGAAUUGCUCUUGGAGAUCGUGCCGAGCCACCAGGGACUGAUUUAAUACCUGCCCCCUCUGUAUCUAGAUUACUGUCACUCCUGAAUGAAAUUCUUUCAGUGGCAAGUAUAGCCGAAGACCGUGAGAAAGAUAUGCUGCAAAUUGUGUCAUGUGUUAUUGAUCCGUUAUUACAAGAAAUCAAUGAAACUGCCUCUAGGCUUCCAACAGUCGAUAUGGCUGUAUAUCUAUUAAAUUGUAUACAUCAGAUACAAUCAACAUUGGCAUUGUAUGAGUACAUGGAUCAGAGACUGGAAAGGCUUCAGGCUCAGUCGGAUGCGCAGAUCGACACGCUUACAUCUGAACAAGCCAGUUCUCUUGUUGCAAACUUGAAUCUUGGACCAAUUUAUACUAUUUUGCAAGGACGUGAACAAGGACCUCUAUCAUCUAUUCCUGGCAUGGAUCCUCUCAGUGUAAAAGAGUUCACGAAUAAAUUGGAGACAUUUCUGGUAAUGCCGGAUAUACUUCUACUUCCGCAAAUCAGUUUACUUCAGAGUAACACUCAUCGAGCGAUAACACAGAAACGUUCAUUUGAAGUUAUCGGAGCAAUCUACAAGCAACUGUACAAUGCUUGCCAUGACCCAAAAAAUCUUUAUCAAAACGCAGAUAGCUUAUUCUCACGAACACCGGAGGAUCUUCUGCACGUUUUGAUAUCCCAAUGAUCCUUACCAAAAUUAAACAAGACAGUACGGUUCAAACCAUCUACCAGUAUAAAGUAUAUCGGAGCAAGUAAAAAUAGACCCUAGAGUAUCUACACAAAAAUUGUAUAUAAAAAUAAAACUUAAAUAACUAAAAUAUAUAUAAUUCCAAGUUA